AUGGUGAGUAAAGUUGAACCAAAUGUGGCUCUGUCUGAUAAGGAGGAUUCACCGCACAGCCCAACUAACUAACUUGUAAUAAUGACAGCAUCAGCAGCCAAGAAGAGGACAGUAGUUAUUUAGUUGGUGGCAUUAGUAGUAGUGUUCCCUGUGUCUCUCAAACCAUUAGAAAAGAGAGGACCCGACAGUGUUUUCGUGCCCCUAUCCCACACGAACUCUGACCCGUCAACGUGCCAUCUCGUCGGUGACGCCCUACACCAAGUGACGUGCUUGACCGGAAAAGGGGUGAGGGACUGGGUUCGUCAAAAUGCCGGCUGCACGGGGGGAUGGCAUGCGAGGACUCGCCGUUUUCAUCUCGGACAUCAGAAAUUGUAAAAGCAAGGAGGCCGAGAUAAAACGAAUAAACAAGGAAUUAGCCAAUAUCCGAAGCAAAUUCAAGGGAGAUAAGACAUUGGACGGGUAUCAAAAGAAGAAAUAUGUGUGCAAGUUGCUUUUCAUCUUUUUACUCGGUCAUGAUAUCGACUUUGGCCACAUGGAAGCUGUCAACCUACUUUCCUCCAAUAAGUAUACGGAGAAACAAAUUGGCUACUUGUUUAUUUCUGUAUUGGUUAAUACAAACAGCGACUUGAUACGGCUAAUCAUUCAAAGCAUCAAGAAUGACCUGACUGCGCGAAACCCUGUGCAUGUUAACCUAGCUUUACAAUGUAUCGCUAAUAUUGGAAGUAGAGAGAUGGCCGAAGCCUUUUCCACCGACAUUCCACGUUUACUAGUCUCUGGGGAGACAAUAGAUGUAGUGAAACAAUCUGCAGCUUUAUGCUUAUUGAGACUUUUUAGAAUUCACCCCGAUAUAAUACCCAGUGGAGAGUGGACAAAUCCGGAUCAUUCAAAUUCAAGAAUCAUUCAUCUGCUCAACGACCAACACAUGGGCGUCGUCACUGCGGCUUCCUCCUUAAUCGAAGCACUUGUCAAACGCUCUCCGGACGAAUACAAGGGUUGCGUUUCUCUUGCCGUUUCUCGACUUAGCCGAAUUGUAACAUCUAGUUACACAGACCUACAAGAUUACACCUACUACUUUGUUCCAGCCCCGUGGCUAUCUGUUAAACUUUUGAGAUUGCUGCAGAAUUAUCCGCCACCAGAUGAUCCCGGUGUUAGAGGAAGGCUGAACGAGUGUCUAGAGACAAUCCUUAAUAAAGCUCAGGAACCACCAAAAUCUAAAAAGGUUCAACACUCGAAUGCCAAAAACGCUGUACUUUUUGAAGCCAUCAGUCUUAUAAUCCACUCGGACAGCGAACCCAAUCUCCUUGUCCGAGCAUGUAACCAACUUGGCCAAUUCCUCACCCACAGAGAAACGAAUUUAAGAUAUUUGGCAUUAGAAUCCAUGUGCUUGUUGGCUACAUCAGAAUUUUCGCAUGAAGCUGUUAAAAAACACCAGGAAACGGUCAUCAAUGCUCUAAAGACCGAGCGAGACGUUAGUGUGAGACAGAGAGCCGUGGAUUUGUUGUAUGCUAUGUGCGACAGAAGCAAUGCAGAAGAGAUUGUUCAGGAAAUGCUGAAUUACUUGGAAACUGCGGAUUAUUCCAUUAGGGAAGAAAUGGUUCUAAAGGUCGCCAUCUUGGCGGAAAAAUAUGCCACUGACUAUUCCUGGUAUGUCGACGUCAUCCUUAACCUUAUCAGAAUGGCAGGGGACCACGUUUCUGAGGAAGUUUGGUAUCGCGUUAUCCAAAUAGUUGUCAAUCGAGAGGAUGUUCAAGGAUAUGCCGCGAAAACAGUCUUUGAAGCUCUGCAAGCACCUGCUUGUCACGAAAACAUGGUGAAAGUCGGAGGCUACAUUUUAGGAGAAUUUGGCAACCUUAUUGCUGGAGAUCCACGAUCGGCACCCAUUGUGCAGUUUAACCUCCUUCAUUCCAAAUAUCAUCUGUGUUCCGUAGCCACGCGAGCACUUCUUUUGUCAACCUACAUAAAAUUCGUCAACCUCUUCCCUGAAAUAAAAGGCCAGAUUCAAGAAGUUUUCAAACAAGAUAGCAACAUUCGAUCUUCCGAUGCUGAACUCCAACAGAGAGCAUCAGAAUAUCUUAAGUUGAGCAUUGUCGCUUCCACAGAUGUCCUUGCUACCGUGUUGGAAGAGAUGCCCCCGUUCCCUGAGAGAGAAUCCUCAAUAUUGGCCAUUCUCAAAAAGAAGAAACCAGGUCGAACCGUUGAACCAAUCGAUCCCAACAAGGACACUUCACAAGCGUCAACUUCCUCUACAACGGAGAGGCAUCAUCACGCCGAACCCACGGCACACCAAAAUGGGCAGACAGAUCUGUUAGUUGAUGUUUUAGGAGACAUGUACUCAUCCCAGUCACAAAGCGGAGCCGGUCUAAUGAACAAUGCUGUUGGCCAUCAGAACAAUCUGGGCGGCGGAACAGCUCCCGUUGAUAAUUUAAGCAAACUCUCAUGGAAGAAUAACGGGAUACUUUAUGAAAACGAUAUAUUGCAAAUUGGGGUCAAAGCCGAGUAUCGCCUAAACCUUGGAAGGAUGACUUUGUUCUAUGGGAAUAAAUCUGAUUUCUCGCUUAAUGGGUUUAAUCCUACUGUUGCCGCACUAGGAGAUUUAGCGACCAGACUCACUGUGCAAGUGAAGCCAGUGGAAUCCACAAUCGUUGCGGGUGCACAAGUUCAACAAACGAUUAAUAUAGAAUGUCUGGAGGACUUUAAAGAGUACCCUAGUCUGGUAGUUACGUUUCUUUACAAUAACACGCAGCAAAAGUUGAAUCUCAAGUUGCCGGUAACUAUUAACAAAUUCUUCGAAGCCACUGAUAUGAAUGGCGAGACAUUUUUCUCUCGGUGGAAAAAUCUCGGGGGGCCACAGCAAGAAACACAAAGUAUCUUCAAAGCAGCCCAUCCCAUGGACUCAAAUGCAAAUGGUGCAAAACUAUCUGGUUUCGGGAUGCAGCUUUUAAAAGGAAUUGAUCCCAACCCUGACAAUUUUGUGUGCGCUGCCAUUCUGCACACUAGAAAUCAGCAGAUUGGCUGUCUUCUUAGACUUGAACCGAAUCGUCAAGCCGGGAUGUACCGUAUGACAGUCCGCGCAAGCAAGGAUACUGUUUCAAAGCAGAUGUGUGAUUUGCUGGCAGAACACUUUUGAGAUGGGUGAACAAGAAGAUUCCAGUAGGCUUAAGUAGACGACAAGAUGAGAAUUUCAAUUCUAUUUUCUUUUGACUUUUUGAGAUAGACGUAGUUUCAAUUUGAUGAAGGAACCGUGCUGUUACAGCCUCCAUUCAAAUUGAUAAAAAAUGACGACACAACUAUGAUAUCCGGUAAACAGAAAUGCUAUAAUGAAAAGCAUUAAAAUAUUAUGAAAAAUCGUAGAUUUAUCCUUCCGAUUAUAAAAAUACCGGACAAGAUAAUAAUAAUAAUAAUAAUAUUAAUACUCUCUAAAUGUCUAUCUUAUCAGUAGUUAUAUGAAAGCAGCGGUAAUAAUUAUAAUAAUAAUAUCAUUUACUGUGCAUGAAACUAAAAAACGCCAUGAAAUUCAUAGAGACGAACUGUAGACCAGAUUUAGAACUUGUCCUAAAAUGACGAUGAAUGUUGUACAGCAUAUCUCGGUGAAGAAUAAAUCGAUAAGUACCAACUUUUGUUGCUAUACUUUAUUAUAAUUUAUAAAUUUUCUUUAAUAAAUUGCAACUGUUCAUUUGCUACAAAUUUCA